AUGGUCCACCUCAAGCUGACCGGCGUCGUCGCCCUCUCCGGCCUGGCCGCCGCUGCCGCUCCCGCCUGGAAGGAGGGCAUCAAGAACGUCGUCGUCCUCGUCCAGGAGAACCGAUCCUUUGACACCAUCGCCGGUGGCCUCAACUAUACCAAGGACAUUGACGGCCUGCUGCACACCAACUACUGCAAUGCCAUGAACGUCUCGGACCCCAAUUCGGUUGCUGAUGUCUGCGCCGGGCCUCUCGCCGCCGACGUUGCCGCCGAUGAUCCCAACCACUCUAUCAGCGGCGUCAACAUGCAGCUGUUCAGCACCUUCCACCCCGACGAGGCCGCCGUCAGCCAUAACCCGGCCUGGAAGUUCCAGAACAUGCGAGGUUUCGUUACCGAGCAGUCAAUCAGCUACAAGACACAGGAUAAGAGCCGUGUGGCUGAGGCCAUCAACUACUAUCCUCCGGAGCACAUCCCUGUCUUGGCCAGCUUGGCCAAGAACUUUCUUCUUUUCGACCGCUGGUUCUGCGCUGUUCCCGGGCCUACCAACCCCAACCGUGCCUACAUCACGUCUGGCACCAGCGCUGGUCACGGCAGGAACGAUGCCGCCUUCACUGUCUACAACCUGACCCAGAAAUCAGUCUUUGAGCAGCUCUCUGAGAAGGGUAUUUCCUGGACCAACUAUCAGAACUCCACCACCGGUCCUGGCAAGGGCUUCAACCCCGACGCCGCUUUCUACAAGUGGACCAAGGACAGCGGUGCUGCCGACACCAACAUCAAGCCCUUGGCUCAGUUUUACCAGGACGCCGCCGCCGGUGCUCUUCCCUCCUUCACCUACAUCAACCCCGAGUGCUGCAACUACCAGUCCAUGCACCCCCCUUCCCCCAUCUCCAUGGGCGAGGACUUCAUCAAGGGCAUCUACGAGGCCCUCCGCAACUCUCCGCAGUGGAACUCGACUCUGUUCAUCCUGACCUUUGACGAGCACGGAGGUUUCGGCGACCACGUCCCUCCUCCAGUCGGCGUCCCUGCCGGUGACGACCUCACCUACAUCGAGAAGGCCAAGGACGGUGGCAACAUCAGCUUUGAUUUCACCCGUCUCGGGCCCCGUGUCCCAACCUUCCUCAUCAGCCCGUGGGUUGCCAAGGGUCAGGUCGAGCACGCAGGCCGCAACUUUGGCGGCGAGUAUACACACACCUCCAUCCUGGCCACCCUCUCUGAGCUCUGGGGCAUCGAGAAGCUCACCCCGCGCACCCAGUGGUCCGCCACCUUUGAGCAUCUCUUCCUCAACAAGCCGCGCCGCGAGUGCAGCUCUCCCAGGAAGCUGCCCAAUCCUGUGCCCUGUGCGUGGCUUGGCACCCCGUUCAAGACAACACUGAGCGAUCCUGCCGUCUAUCUCUGA